AUGUGUUUGGCGCUAUCGUCAACUUUCCGUAACGACUUUCCCAAGGUGAUCUCGCCAAGCAGCGAGCUGAUGGAGCCCAUACCAAGGGCGCCGUUGGCGGCAGGUGCUGGAGAAGCUGGCACUGGCGGUGCCUCAGCAGGGACCGGUGGAGGUGGGGCAGGCACUGCUGGUGCAGAAGCAAGUGGAGGAGCAGGUGGAGCCCCAGGAAUUGGGGGAGGAGGUGGAGCAGCAGCAGGCGAGUCCACAGCGACCGACCCUGAUGUUGGAAUUGGGGGAGGUGGAGGAGGAGCCGCUGGAGGCACGCCUCCGUCAACCUCAGGCUCUGACUUUGGAAUCUCAGGAACCUCGGCUGCCGGAGCCUGUGGCACGGGUGGUGCAGCAGGGAUAGGCGGAGCUGCUGGAAUAGCAGGAACCUCAGGAACCUCAGGACUGGUGGCGGUCUCAGGAGCAGAGUCGGGCUCGGCAACAGCAGUCACAGGUGGAGAAACCUCCUUGGUUUCAGAAACAGCAGGAGGUGCUGGUGGCUCUUCAGGUUGCGGUGUGGCGUACUCGCUCACACUGGACGUGGAAGACUUGACACCGCCACCUCCAAAGAGCAUCGAUGCCAACUCGGCCUGCUUAGAAGCUGCAGGCAUCUCGUCGUCGUCAUCGUCAUUCUCCGAGUCAGACCAGCCGUCAUCGCUUGCGCUCUUGCCUCUCUGGGCAUCUCUUUGCGCCUUCAAACGGCCAGCAUCAUAG